AAAAUAGUUUGAGAACGUAUAGAGACGCAUCUUUUUCACUAGACUAUUUAUUCUAACAUCUUUAAUGCAUAUAGAGACACAAACGUAACAAACAAUGUAGGAUUGAAUAUACAUUGUGACAUUUGACACACGACAAUGCCAAUCAGGCUAUAAGAUAACACAGAUGCAUGUGAGAGGGAGAGAGAUGUAGAUUUAACUUAUAUGACUAUAUUUAUAUAGACAUUAAAACAUGAUCACCUCUAAGAAAAUAGCGGCGAGCUCUAGGCCGAUGAAACAGACGCCGCUGCAGCUUCAAACGAAGUGUAGAGGGCUUAAAUGGGUUGUUUUAUUUGUUUUAAUAUUUUUCCUGUCUCUAGUUGUCUAUCAUUUUGCUUCACUUGCUCAGCCACAGCCUCUACCGCUCCCGCAGUCUUCCAGCUUUUAUGCGUUUGUUCCGCCUCUGAUCUCAGACAAAAAAAAUUCUAACAACAAUGAUAACGGACAGUUUGAGGCAGAAGAUAGUAAAAAUUUGGAAAGAAUUCUAAGGGAAGCAUCGAUGGCGGAGAAGACCGUGAUAGUGACGAUGAUGAAUCAGGCUUAUGCGGAUCUAAACUCAACAUUUGAUGUGUUUCUCGAGGGCUUUCAAGUCGGUGAUGGCACAGAGAAGUUGCUCCGUCACGUGCUCGUGGUGUGUUUGGACGAGAGAGCUUACUCACAUUGCGUGGAGGUCUUUCCUCACCGUUGUUUCUUGCUGAGGACUACCGGCAUUGAUUUCUCAGGCGAGAGGCUGUUCACGGUGGGGGAUUAUCUCGAGAUGAUGUGGCGCCGAACCGAGUUCUUGGGUUCUUCGCUUAAGCUCGGAUAUAACUUCCUCUUCACGGACAUGGAUACAGUGUGGCUUCGAGAUCCAUUUCCUCGAUUAAUUCCGGAUGUAGAUUUUCAAAUCGCUUGCGACCGCUUCAACGGAAAUUCUAGCGAUACCCGCAAUUAUGCCGAUGGAGGAUUCAAAUUUGUCGUGGCGAACCACAGAACAAUCGAGUUCUACAACUAUUGGUAUGAGUCCAGACUAAGAUACCCUGGCAAUAACGAGCAGGACGUAAUUAACAAGAUCAAAGGCAAUAAAUAUCUCAACAAAAUCGGACUCAAAAUGAGGUUUCUAGACACGACACAUGUCGGAAAUUUCUGCCAACGAAACUGGGAUAUUACCAAAGUUUGUGUAAUGCAUGGGAAUUGUUGCAUUGGACAGGAUAAUAAGAUAAAAGAUUUAAGACAAGUUCUUGACGACUGGACGGCUUAUUUUUCCAAUGGAGACCGGGCAAGGGAGUUUCGUCAGCCGAUGAAUUGCUGGAGAAGUCUAAGGCGGCAGUAUAAUAAAGAGCGUGGUUAAUUUAUUUUUCUUGACGUUGUUGAAAGUAAAUCAAAAUAGCCAACGAGUUUUAUGAAUACCCGUAAUGUAGGAUAAAACAUUAUUUUGCUUUCAAGUAACGUGAAUUAGAGCA